UGGCGAUUUCGAUUUUGACAAUUUCUGUCUGUCUGUGAGUUCCUUCAACGGCAGUGUUACAGUAAAACGUCAUUUAUUUUGUUAUCUUUUGAUCCAAUUUAUCUGACAACAAUAGAAUUUCCAGAUGGUAGCCAAAUUCGAGUACACAGGUGUACUCAAGUGAGUUUUCUGUGAAGUGUCAGUGAAUUUUGUGGAAUAGUUGGAUUCUCAUUAUGUAAAUACUUUCUCUUGUAUCGCCUGACUGACUGCCCGUGUUGCGACAUAGAAAAUGAAUCGUUAUACAAACAUAGUGUCAUAUUCCCUAGUUGCAAACGGCUCGAGCGGUAAUGGAACCGAUGAUGAAGGGUGUAUGUUGGUGAAUACUACGCAAAAUGUGAUAAUAACAGGAGCGUACAACGGUAUUCCCCAAACCCUAAUACUCAACUUGGUGUCGUGGUCAUGCCUCAUAGUUUUAUUCACCGUGCUGCGGCGGACGGCAUGGAACUACGGGCGAAUGGCGCUCGUACAGCGCACAAAGAGUCGGUGGACUAACUUGUUCUACCGCGGCGGCGACGGCGACGCGCUGGUCAACAGGAGGCGCAGCGCGGAGGAGGCUGUCAACAUAGACGAAGGGUUCUUUACGUGGCUACCGGCCGUGUUCCGCCUCACCCGAGAGCAGGUACUGGCCAAGUGCGGCCCUGAUGCUGUCCACUACCUCUCCUUCCAAAGACAUGCAAUAACAUUAAUGUUCAUUGUUACACUAGUUUCUAUUGGCCUGAUCCUGCCCAUAAACUUCCAAGGCACCAAUUUAAAUGUUGAUUCCAGCACUUUUAGUAGAACUACAUUGUCAAAUCUUACUGGAAGAUCAAACUGGCUAUGGGUACAUACUCUCAUCAGCAUCUCCUUUCUGCCCAUAUCUGUGUUGAUAAUGAGGAGAUGCACAGGCCGCAAGCCAGUGCCAACAUCCAUGACUGGCACAAUAAUGAUCACAAACAUAUCAAAGGCUGAUAGAAAUGAGUCUACCAUCAGAGCAUACUUUGCUCACAACUUCCCCCACAUACAGAUAGUGGAUCUCCGUCUUGCAUACAAUAUCAACCUGCUAAAUGAUGUGCAAGAGAAGAAAGACAUGGUGACUGAAGCUCUUAUAUAUACAGACACAUACUUCAAGAAGACUGGGAAACGCAUUACUGUGAAGCCAGCAUGGUGUGGACCAGAAAUAGAUGCACUGGAAUUCUAUACAAAUGAAGAAAAGAGACUGAAAGAUGAAGCAAAAAGAUGCAGAGCUAUGGUACUAAAUGAUCCUCUUGGCAUUGCCUUCUUGACUUUACCUUCAUACCAGCUUGCUGAACAUGUGAUCAACAACUUUAGUCUGCAUCGUGGUUGGGUGUUGUCUCAUGCAACCAAUCCCUCUGACAUAAUUUGGGAAAAUUUAAGUGUGCAACCUGGAGUCUGGUACCUCAAGGCUAUUGUUGUCAACUUUUUCUUAUUUAUUGUGCUAUUCUUUUUAACUACCCCUGCAAUUAUUGUCAAUCUUUUUAACACCAUGGUUGCUAAACCUGAAUCUCUUGGCAAAAUAAGUACUGUAAUCUUUGAGUUCCUGCCCACCCUGCUGCUCUGGACCAUGGCUGCUGUCAUGCCUGCAAUUGUUGCAUUUUCUGAUAAAUUUCUGUCCCAUUGGACCAAGUCACAACAAAACUACUCCAUCAUGACCAAAACUGUUUCAUACCUUCUGUUGAUGACUCUUAUCUUACCUUCUCUGGGUCUAGCCAGUGCUGAAGCGUUUGUGACGUGGACGAUACAUCAUGAGAAUGACACGAUGCGCUGGGAUUGCGUGUUCUUGCCUGACAAAGGCGCAUUCUUCGUCAAUUACGUCAUCACCUCUGGCCUGAUCGGUACUGCGUUAGAAUUGAUCCGUUUUCCGGAAUUGUUUCUCUAUGUAUGGUAUUUGUUGCAAUCCAAGUCAAAGGCGGAGAAGAGCUACGUAAAGCGAGCCAUUCUUUACGAGUUUCCAUUUGGAGUCCAUUAUGCUUGGAGCAUAGCUAUUUUCUCAAUUACAAUGGUGUAUAGCCUCGCGUGCCCAUUGAUCGCGCCGUUCGGCUUGUUAUACAUGAUGCUCAAACACGUGGGCGAUAAACACAAUCUAUACUUCGCGUAUGGUCCGUGUGACAUGAGCGGUGUCGGCGGUGGGAGGAUCCACGCUACAGCCGUACGACUCAUUCGAGUGUCAGUUCUACUGCUACUCAUUAACAUGGCCGCUUGGGCCGGCUUGAGGGCAGGCUUCGAAGCUAGAACCAUUAUUCUAAUCAUGGCAUCUAUUGUAGCCUUUGGAACAUUUUUGUUACUAAGUCCAUUCCCGAGCUGCACCCCUCCGGCGCCCCUGCAGGAGGAGUCUAGUGUCAGAUUCCCGGAGUACGUGGCGCCAGUGCUGACGAAGCCUAUUGAUUCCCCUCCUAGCACGACACCUACGACCCCGGAUUACGGGGCUUCAUCGCCUGUGACCACACAUUCGUACAGCCCAGAUCCAAUAAAUAUAUAAUUUUGGUAAUAAAUUAGCGAAUUUCCCUUUAUCAACUAAUUGCCUUAACUUGCGGUCCGGUCAUAUCAGCGAUAAACGAAGUACUCGGGUGGGUAUCGAUCGUUGUUUGCGAUACAGGACGGAGGAUUAGAGUUUUAUAUCGAUGUAAAUAACCAAUGCAAUAUUUUUAUAUAUUGAAGUAGUUGUAGAGGUAGUCGACUGAAAUCUUAUGUUCGGAUCUUUAUUUUUGUGUUCGCAAUUUUUUGGGCAUAAGGACGCAAAGAUCAUGAUGUAAAUGUUAUAUUUUAUACUGCUUUAUACAAGUCACGUUUUUACAUAAUAUAAUUUAUGAAAUGUAUUUACUUCUGUAAAGAGAACUUUCGACGAAAGAUCACAGCAUUUUAAAGAAUAGGUACAGCACUGUUUUUGUUGUUAGGUUUAGACAAGAAUAUUUAGCGAAUGCAGCUGCUAAUAUUGUUGAUGUUAAUUAUGUUAUUUGAGGAUCAUAUUAUUGUCUACCUAUCAUGUUCACUGAUUACUUCUAAGUGGAGGGACCGUACGAAACUACACAUAAGAUUUGUCAGAAACUCAAAAUCUGAGAUGAUUUAGACAAUAGUUCAGAACAUAAGAUGUCAGAACCUCAUUAAUUUUUGUGAUUGUUUUAUGGCUGUCAUUUUAUAUUCUCCCUAAUUCCUAGUAACUUAUUAGACGUUAACUAUGCUUUAUUUUUGUACAUACUGUAACGAGAUCUUUCGUGUUAUAUUUAGGUGAAUAACAUCGUCAUUAUAAAAUAAACACUGAAGUAAUAUAUA